CCCCGGGAUCGCCCCGUCUCGCCUGCCCGCCAUGGCCGACAAGGAAGCAGCCUUUGAUGACGCAGUGGAAGAACGUGUGAUCAACGAAGAGUACAAAAUGUGGAAAAAGAACACCCCUUUUCUUUACGAUUUGGUGAUGACCCAUGCCCUGGAGUGGCCCAGCCUGACUGCGCAGUGGCUUCCAGAUGUGACCAGGCCAGAAGGGAAAGAUUUCAGCAUUCAUCGACUUGUCUUGGGGACACACACGUCGGAUGAACAAAACCACCUUUUGAUAGCCAGUGUGCAGCUCCCUAACGAUGAUGCUCAGUUUGAUGCUUCACACUACGACAGUGAGAAAGGAGAAUUUGGAGGUUUUGGCUCUGUUAGUGGAAAAAUUGAAAUACAAAUCAAGAUCAACCAUGAAGGAGAAGUAAACAGGGCACGUUAUAUGCCCCAGAACCCUUGCAUCAUUGCAACAAAGACUCCGUCCAGUGACGUUCUUGUUUUUGACUAUACGAAACAUCCUUCUAAACCAGACCCUUCUGGAGAGUGCAAUCCAGACUUGCGUCUCCGAGGACAUCAGAAGGAAGGCUAUGGGCUUUCUUGGAACCCAAACCUCAGUGGGCACUUACUUAGUGCUUCAGAUGACCACACCAUCUGCCUAUGGGACAUCAGUGCCGUUCCAAAGGAAGGAAAAGUUGUGGAUGCGAAGACCAUCUUUACAGGGCAUACAGCAGUAGUAGAAGAUGUUUCCUGGCAUCUGCUCCAUGAGUCUCUGUUUGGGUCAGUUGCUGAUGAUCAGAAACUUAUGAUCUGGGAUACUCAUUCAAACAAUACUUCCAAACCAAGCCACUCAGUUGAUGCUCACACAGCUGAAGUGAACUGCCUUUCUUUCAAUCCUUAUAGUCAGUUCAUUCUUGCCACAGGAUCAGCUGACAGGACUGUUGCCUUGUGGGAUCUGAGAAAUCUGAAAUUUAAGUUGCAUUCCUUUGAAUCACAUAAGGAUGAAAUAUUCCAGGUUCGGCGGUCACCUCACAAUGAGACAAUUUUGGCUUCCAGGGGUACUGAUCGCAGGCUGAAUGUCUGGGAUUUAAGUAAAAUUGGAGAGGAACAGUCCCCAGAAGAUGCAGAAGAUGGGCCACCAGAGUUGUUGUUUAUUCAUGGUGGUCACACUGCCAAGAUAUCUGAUUUCUCCAAUCCCAACGAACCUUGGGUGAUUUGUUCUGUAUCAGAAGACAAUAUCAUGCAGGUGUGGCAAAUGGCAGAGAAUAUUUAUAAUGAUGAAGACCCUGAAGGAGGCGUGGAUCCAGAAUGACAAGGGUCCUAGAUAUGUCUGCACUUCUUGUGAUUUUAGACUCCCCUUUUUUUCCUCUCAACCCUGAGAUUGAUAUAACACUGGUUUUGAGACAGAGACUUUGUUUGGCUAUCCCUCUCUGAUAGGUACCCUCAACAAUGCUAUUAGCCCAAACAGAGGGUGUUUUCUAAAUAUUAACUGGGGGACUUGAUUCAGCAAAGCCACAGACUUAUAUUUAAAUUUUCUUCAGGAAUUUUCUAGUAACAAACGUUUAAAGUAGUCCCAGAAAGGGGAACAUUGUGUGUGGUUAUUUUUCUUCUUAAUGCUAUAUCCCCAAGUUUUUCAGACUCA